CUCAUUAAUGUAAUUCAAAGCUGCUAUGAUUAAAAGUGCUUUAUAAAGAACUGCUAGGAUGAACAACCACGAUAUGUCCACAAGCUGACAUUUGCUCAGCAGCUUCUGCAAUAUACGUUUAUAAAGCACUCAGCCCACACCAGAAUAAUCCCACAUAAGGAGAAGGAAAGUGAGACAAAAGAAAAGAGGACAAAAAAAAGGUGUGACAGAGUGAGUUGCCACCCGCUACAGUCCUGCUGGGCACCUUGUAUGACUGCUGUAUUCAACAGAGAUAAUGCAGCCCACAUGUGCAAAUCUAGAUCAUCUUGGAGCCACAUCACAAAGGUAAAAAGCAAAAGGUCCCAUCUUGAUACGAUGGAAUACUAUACACCAAUAAAGAAGAACAAGCUACAAAUGCAAUGAUGUGAAUGACUCUCAGAGUUAUAACGAUGGAUGGCAGAGGCCAAAUGCGUGACAGUUCCACCUACGAGCUCGUGAAGUUCAAGAACAUCUAAAACACCUAGAAGUCAGAAUAUUGGUUACCUCUGGGGCAAGAGGAGACAGAGCUCAGAUGGAAUUAAAGCCACGCAGAGCAGCUGGAAAUACAGAUGAAGCUUUGUUUGCGUCCCCGUCACUCACCUCCUUCUGUGCGACCUGGUUCCUAACAGGACUGCUGAUUUAAAGGUCACUUGCAGUGAAGUGGACACUCUACAGCGCCCUGAGCCGGGUGUGCCCCCAGUUUGGAAUCCACGUUUCAGCACUUCGGACAGCACCCGAACGUCCCGGGCCCCUUUGGGUUGGCUAUGGCGAGCGUCCAGCCGGGAGAGAAGCAGCUUUUUGAGAAGUUCUGGCGAGGAACCUUCAAAGCGGUGGCCACUCCUCGUCCCGAGAGCAUCAUCGUUGCUAGUAUCACGGCCCGCAAGCCGCUGCCAAGGACAGAGCCCCAGAGCAGCCCCAAGGUCACAGCCCAGGAUGGGUCUUCUGAAAAGCUGGGCCCACGUCUGGCCACUGAGGCCUUGGACAUGACUAGCUGGGAGAGAGACAAGGCCUUUCGGGAGCUGGGUCCUGCCAGAGCACGCAGUGCCUCCCGUGAGCGAGACUUGACGCCACCGCCUUCCUCCAGGGGGAAGAAGAAAAAGAAAAAGUCAACCCGGAAGAAGAGAAGGAGGUCCCCAUCCUAUAGCCCAUCACCUGUCAAGAAAAAGAAGAAGAAAAGUUCCAAGAAACAUAAGCGACACAGGUCAUUCUCCAAAAAAAGAAGGCACAGCUCCUCUAGCCCAAAAAGCAAAAGAAGGGAAGAGAAGAGGCACAAGAAACAAUCCCGAAGCCGGCCCCGAAAGUCUCACCGCCACCGCCAUCACCACCGCUGUCCCUCUCGGUCCCAGAGCUCAGAGUCUCGCUCCUCCAGCAAUGAGACCAGGCACCGAGGUCGGUCCCCUGAGGAAGGGCGGAAGUCCCACCAAAGGCACACCCGCCGCUGCUCCAAGACCCUCAGCAAGGCCAGCCCCGAGGCCCGGUCCAGCCACUCACCCAGCCAGCCUCUCCAGAUGCUCAGCUUCCUGUCGGCCAGGGGUGUAAUCACUGGGUCGGGGUCUGCCGCUGACCUCUUUACCAAAACAGCCAGUCCGCUCACCAACUCCCGAGGACGCUCCCAGGAGUAUGACUCAGGCAAUGACACCUCCUCGCCACCCUCCACGCAAACCAGCUCAGCCAGGUCUCAGGGCCAGGAGAAGGGGAGCCCCACUGCGGGUCUCAGCAAAAGCCAGGAGCUCAACAGCGGCAACACCUCGGAUUCAGGGAACUCCUUCACCACCUCCUCACCCCAGAACAAAGGGGCCAUUCUGGAGAACCUCUCUCCCCCCAGCAGGGGCAGAGAGUCAAGAGGAUUUCAGUCACCAUGUCUGGAGUGUGCUGAGGUGAAGAAAUCCAGCUUGGUCCUAUCCACAGCCCAAAGCUCCCCUGUGAAAGAGUGUUCCCGCAGCUCCUCCUAUGCCAGCACCCGAUCCUCCAGCCGUUCCUCCAGAUCUCCAAACCCCAGAGCCUCUCCCAGGUACACUCGGAGUCGAUCCACCUCCUCUGAAAAAAGGUCCUACUCCCGCUCUCCCAGCUACUCCUCCAAGUCUGGCAAAAGAAGCCCCCCUAGCAGAAGCUCUCGGUCCCGCCGCAGCCCCAGCUACUCCCGCUAUAGCUCGAGCAGGGAGCGGGAGCCCAAGUACAGCGAGGAUUCCCAGCAAAGGGAGCGAGAGCGAGCGCGCCGAAGACGUCGGUCCUACUCCCCGAUGAGGAAGCGCCGGAGAGACUCCCCGAGCCACCUGGAGGCCCGGAGGAUAACAAGUGCCCGGAAACGCCCCAUCCCUUACUACCGGCCCAGCCCCUCUUCGUCCAGCAGCCUCAGCAGCGCCUCCUCCUGGUACAGCAGUAGCAGCAGCCGCUCCGCCAGCCGCAGCUAUUCCAAGACCCGCAGUCAAAGCCGCAGCAGAAGUCGGAGCCGGAGCCGGAGCAGGACCCGCAGUAGCAGCAGCUCCGGCUCCCGCAGCCCCAGCCUGGGCUCCCGGAGCCGGAGCCGGAGCCGGAGCCGGAGCCAGAGCCGGAGCCGGAGCCGGAGCUACAGCUCAGCAGACAGCUACUCUAGUACGAGGCGCUAAGCGAAGGCCAUCCUUUGAGCUCCCCUGCUCAUGGGGACCCUUCUGCCAGCCUCUCCUAAACCUGCCCUCUCUACCUUCUCGCUGGUGACAGAUAUUCAGGGCGCUUGGCCCCUGUCCUGCCUGCUUUCCUGGGGAGGAGGAAAAGGGGGCUUCACCCCCUUGUGUUGAGUUGCUAGGAGCCUCUACCAGCACCACCCUGGGGCUCAGCUGGGGCCUGAGCAAAUAGAAAGAACUGUUUUUCGUUGUUUUUAUUGUUUGGUUUUUUUUUUGUUUUGGUUUGGUUUUUUUGCAGAAAAAAAACUUCAUGGUUUUAUGAGAAGCAAUGGGUCUGUGACUCAACAGCUUUGGACCUGGCUAGCAACGUGUAGAGACAACUCUGCUCGCUCACUGAGGGCAGGACAUGUACACAAAGACAAAGGUGAUUCAUCGCACCUGGCUUCAUUCUUACUCUUCCUGUCACCCUCUGUCAUAGCUGCAGGUUUGUGGACCCCCACACAGGAAUAGAUGAGAGUGGAGUCCAAGGGCAGUUGAGGUCCAAGGUAAGGAGCCAGGCCCUGAACCUCCCCAGACAGGCCAGAGCUAAGGCUGGAGGGCCCUUGAGUCCUAGAAGAGAAGACACGCAUGCCUAGGGGACAGCGACAUGGGAGUCAGCGGCAGAUGUCAGGGUUCUGGAGAUGGGAUCCCUGGCUACAAGUGCAGAAGCAAAAAGGCAGAGGUCACCUGUCAUUUCCAGUAAGCUGGCACGGCCAGGGGAAGGAGCCCAUCAGGUUCCACUGACCCAGAGCAGAGCCCCGCCCCCGUGACUUCCACAGAUUACUUCCUGGUUGUGCACAGGGUCCCUGCCACCCCACAGAAAGGGAGAUAGUGGAACAGUCAGGACAGCCCUGAUGACGGCCCUACGGCACAAAUUUGCUUCAGUCCCACUAGCUGGCACCAACUUAAUUCCACGGGACCAUCUGCUGAACAUUCCCCGGUGCCGUGGCCAGCUGCCAGCCCCCAGCGCCAGCCAGUCUGGCCUUGCCCUCCAGUUGGCGCCUGUCCGCCCCCUCCCCACUUCCCAGACUGCCACACCCUGGAUGCUACCCAGGGCGGCCUGGCACCUUCUCUCCCUCCCUUCAGCCUGAGCCACCGUCCUUGCCUCAGGAUUUUUGCCAGGAUGGGGCACAGACUCAAAUUCAGAGAGUCUGCUAGUGAGGGGCUUGAGUACUUCACAUCUGAGACUUUUGCUAGCUUCUGAAAUUUCUCCUCAGCUUUGGAAAACCCUGUCUCACCCACCUUCCCCCUGCCCCAUGCCAGGCAGCAAGGGUAAGCUGCCCUCUGACACACAAAUACCACCAGCUGCUUCAUACACAGGAGGCACUGAGAACACACAGGCCAGGGAGAAGCUCCGAAAAUAAACUCCGGGGCACCCCCCUCACCAGCUGCACGGCUUUCCGGAGCCUUGUGAGUCUCAAGUUUGUAGUGGCAGUAGCGACAGGACAGGGCAUGGAGGGAGAGAGGGAAGAGGACAAUUUGCAGCUUCAGCUUUGGGUCCUCGGGCUAUGGGGAAGCAAAGAGCAAACCUUUAGCCUUCGUGCCCCAAGGAAAACGCUUGGAAAACCCCUUUUUUCUUGGAAACAGUAACUUCUCCUCGCCUGAUCUUUCCCAUAGUAUCAGCGCCCCUCCAGGGGGGAGGGGAUGGGCAACAACCUGCCAGGGGUAGCACCCACCCUGCAAGUCCUUCCUCCGGCACAAGACAGAAAUGUCCCCAGGCCGCAGUGGAUAACCUGGCCUUCACACCGAUUGGCGCCCGGCCCAGGCCAAAGCCCGUCCACCAGGACUCGUGGAUACCGAUGCUGUCACUGCAGAAGGCCGCAUGGCAGGUGCCUGUGACAGGGGCAGGUGCCCUGGGAGGACGUGUACAGCAACUGUAAAUAACCCUCUUCUCCACCCAGGAACCCAGACUGGACUCCGGUCUCUCCUCAUGGAGACAGAGGCUUCCUGAAGCCACCAAACCUCCUUAGCAGGUUGGCAGCAAGCGGCAUAGGGGCCUUCCAUGCUGACUGUCUUUGUUCAGAGGACUCCAGGGGACUGUUCUGCCUAAGACUCCCAGCAAGACUUUUAUUUAUUUAAUUUAUUUAUCUAUUUGUUUAUUUAUUUAUUUAUGUGAUGAUAGUUUUCUUUCAGCGUUAGCAGUAUUUAUUUAUUUAUUCACUUAUGUAUACAGGAAGGAAUUUGUGUGUGUGUGUG